UGAGCACUUAAAAACAUGAUGCGCUUUGUUAAUUUUGGAAAGAGUAUGAAAUACAAUUUCAACCAUUUGAACACAAAAGCAUGCUUAUACAAGUCCCUUUUAAGCGUCCUUCACUUUCUUCUUUUUGGAGUCAAUAAAUUCUGGAUUGAACUCAGUUAUUUUAUUAGCUUUUCUGUUAUUGGGUAUUUGGCUUUGAAGAUUUCAAGUCCAAAAGAUGCCUCGUUUUCUCCUCAAGAUUUUGACAUAUUUUUCAUGUCUGUGUCUGCUGUGACAGUUUCUAGCAUGUCAACGGUAGAAAUGGAGGUUUUCUCCAAUGCCCAACUCAUCCUUUUAACCAUUUUUAUGUUUCUUGGUGGGGAAGUUUUUACUUCUUUGCUUGGACUUCAGUUAAUGAAGUUCAAGAGAAGUCAUCAAAUUCAGAAAACAGAAAAUAAAAUUGACAGAUUUAGCACAGACGCAGAUUGUUCGACUUCUAUUCCCACAAAUGCUUUCGAUCAAAUCGAGCUCGGUGUGACUUCUCAGGAUCAGCAAUUAGGAAAUGAUCAGAAGCCUGAUUCCAUACCUGAAUCUGGAGUAACAUCAUUUCAGGGUCAGGAGUCUAUAAAUAGGGCCAGUGACCUUCUGGCUUUCAGCAUUUUAUGUUACCUCUUAGUGGUUCAUCUUCUUGGAUCUGUAUCAAUAUCCAUCUACAACAGUACCAUUCCUAGUGCUAACGAAGUGCUAAGGAAGAAAGGGCUUAAUUUGAUAACAUUUUCGGUAUUUACCACAGUUUCUACGUUUACCAAUUGUGGAUUUGUCCCAACAAAUGAGAAUAUGAUGGUUUUCAAGAAAAAUUCUGGCCUUCUCCUGAUUAUGUUUCCACAACUUCUCCUAGGGAACACAUUAUACCCUGCAUGUCUUCGUUCCUUCAUCUGGUUCUUGUCAAAAAUAACAAAAAGAUCAGAGUUCGCUUACUUGCUGAAGAAUCCAAGAGCACUGGGAUAUGAUCAUUUGUUCUCUGAUCUUCACUCUAUUUUUCUUGCAAUUACUGUUUUUGGAUUCAUAUUGGCGCAGUUCGUACUCUUCUCCCUGCUGGAGUGGCAUUCUGGUGCCACGGCUGGUCUUAGUGCCUACGAGAAGUUGGUGGGCUCAUUGUUUCAAGUUGUCAAUUCCAGGCAUGCUGGUGAAUCUGUUUUUGAUCUGUCCUUAAUCACUCCGGCCAUCAUUGUGUUAUUUGUGCUCAUGAUGUAUCUACCUCCAUAUACUUCCUUCUUACCAAUUAAGGAUGGGAAAUGUUUUCCGGCAACUGAAAAGAAAACUAGAGCCAAAAGAAAAAACAUUCUAGAUUACCUACUAUUCUCGCAGCUGACUUAUUUAGUGCUGUUUGUAAUCCUCAUAUGCAUCACUGAGAGAGAAAAAUUGAAGGAAGAUCCUCUCAACUUCAACUUAUUGAGCAUUGUAGUUGAAGUGAUUAGUGUGAUUAUUUCCAGUGGCUAUGGGAAUGUUGGCUUCUCAAUGGGCUAUAGUUGUGGAAGACAAGUUAAAUCUGGCAACAAUUGUAAAGAUGCAUCCUACGGAUUUGCCGGAAAAUGGAGCACCCAAGGAAAGUUCAUUCUCAUCAUUGUCAUGUUCUUCGGAAGGCUCAAGAAAUUUAACACAAAAGGUGGUAAAGCUUGGAGACUUUCAUAGCUUCAAUAAUUUGUAGAUCUUUAAUGUAAAAUAGUGUAAAUUGAAGUUAUUCAGCUCCUUUUUU